AUGAAGCACAUUGACAAUAAUCCAUCAACCCCAGGGAAGUGCAAGAUGGAGAAAUCUUCAUAUAGCAGGCCAAGGCUGCAUUAUUCUCUGGCCAAGCUCACUUUCUGGUCCUUCGUUUUUAUAGGCUCGAUCUUCUUCUUGUUCUUUAGAUCACCCUCUUCUUCAUCACCUGUCCCCUCGGAUCUCUCUAGGAGAUCCCUCAGAACAAGAUCCUAUGCUGGCCCUGCUUGGGAAAAAAGGGUCAGGACCUCAGCUAAAAUCAGGUCAAGAAAUGGGAUUUCUGUUUUGGUCACUGGUGCUGCAGGUUUUGUAGGAACCCAUGUCUCGACUGCUCUCAAGCGCCGUGGUGAUGGCGUUCUUGGGCUCGAUAAUUUCAAUGAUUAUUACGAUCCGUCCCUUAAGAGGGCGCGACAAGCGCACUUGGAGCGCACGGGGGUGUACAUUGUUGAGGGUGAUAUCAAUGAUGUUGCCCUCUUGAAGAAGCUUUUCAACAUUGUUCCCUUCACCCACGUUAUGCAUUUGGCUGCGCAGGCUGGGGUACGAUAUGCCAUGGAAAAUCCUAGCUCCUAUGUGCAUAGCAACAUUGCUGGUCUUGUUAGUGUUCUUGAGGUUUGCAAGAGUGUCAAUCCUCAGCCUGCUAUUGUGUGGUCGUCUAGUAGUUCUGUAUAUGGGUUGAACACCAAGGUGCCCUUUACAGAGAGGGAUCGGACGGACCAGCCUGCUAGCUUGUAUGCCGCAACUAAGAAGGCUGGUGAGGAGAUUGCACAUACUUACAAUCAUAUAUAUGGACUUUCAAUUACUGGAUUGAGGUUCUUCACGGUUUAUGGACCUUGGGGUCGGCCAGACAUGGCAUAUUUCUUUUUUACUAGGGAUAUUUUGAAGGGGAAGCCAAUUCCUAUCUUUGAGGCAGCCAAUCAUGGUACAGUUGCAAGGGACUUCACCUACAUUGAUGAUAUUGUAAAGGGUUGUUUAGCUGCAUUGGACACUGCUGAGAAAAGUACUGGUAGCGGUGGCAAGAAGAAAAGGCCAGCUCAAUUACGGGUGUACAAUUUGGGCAACACAUCUCCGGUGCCCGUUUCAAAUCUUGUGAGCAUUUUGGAAAGAUUACUCAAGGUGAAAGCAAAGAGGUUGAUUAUGAAAUUGCCGAGAAACGGGGAUGUGCAGUUCACACACGCGAACAUCAGCUUGGCUCAGAAUGAGCUUGGCUAUAAGCCCACAACAGAUCUGCAGACAGGGUUGAAGAAAUUCGUUCAUUGGUAUCUCAGAUAUGAUGGUGCUACAGGUGGUGUUGGAUAUGGCAGUGGUGGUAAGGUGUUUGUGUUGGUUUUGGUGGGAAGUGGUAGUGGUGUUGAUGGUUGUUUAGUGGUCGUGGUGCAGGCUGUUAUUGGUGGGUGA